CACAAUGAUGCGGCCUUGUUGCGGCCUCAACGUUUCCUUCUCAUAGUAUGAUAUCAUGAAAUGACGGAUGUACAGUGUCCAGAGGAUCUGGAAUAACAAAAAUUUGUGCAACGCGACUUAACAUCAUAUUGCGGUUUUCUCUUAUAAACAAUUUUUUUUCCAUCGUAGAAGUUACCCUUUGAUUGUGAUAGACUAUAAUUGUCUUCUGCAUUGCAUCCGUCUUCAUGCCACGUUUCUGCUGAAUAUCAGAAAAUUAUUCAUUAUUUUAGUUAAGCAGAAUGUAAAUGAAAGACUCUUGACGUUGCCAAAUGAUGAUUGGAGUAAAUAAAAUUCAAUUCAAAAAUGACAAGAAUACGAAGAAUCUGCUGCAUUGGAGCUGGUUAUGUGGGUGGACCCACCUGCAGCGUUAUUGCACUGAAGUGCCCGGAAAUUCAAGUGACCGUUGUUGAUAAGAGCAAGGAAAGAAUUGCGCAGUGGAAUUCACAAAAGUUACCAAUAUACGAGCCGGGCUUGGACGAAGUAGUGGGAAAAUGUCGUGGAAAGAAUUUGUUCUUCUCCACUGACAUUGAUACAGCGAUUAAGGAGGCUGAUCUGAUAUUCAUUUCGGUAAACACACCGACGAAAACCUUCGGCAAUGGUAAGGGAAGAGCAGCUGACUUGAAAUAUGUGGAAAGUGCAGCCAGGAUGAUCGCGCAAGUUGCAACAGGAGAUAAGAUUGUCGUGGAAAAAAGUACCGUACCGGUAAGAGCAGCCGAGAGUAUUAUGAAUAUUCUCCGCGCCAAUCACAAGCCAGGUGUUUCUUAUCAGAUUCUUUCGAAUCCGGAAUUUUUAGCUGAAGGAACUGCUAUAGAAGAUCUGGUAAACGCGGAUCGAGUACUGAUUGGCGGAGAAAAUUCGCCAGAAGGGCAGGUGGCUAUCGAAGAAUUAUGUCAAAUUUAUGAACAUUGGAUUCCAAGAGAAAAAAUUUUAACGACUAACACAUGGAGUUCAGAACUGUCGAAACUGGCUGCGAAUGCUUUCCUCGCUCAGCGCAUCUCUAGCAUUAAUUCCUUGUCAGCAGUGUGCGAAGCUACAGGUGCCGACGUGUCCGAGGUCGCUCGAGCAAUCGGACUUGAUUCUCGAAUCGGUUCCAAGUUCCUUAGUGCAUCAGUCGGUUUCGGCGGUUCAUGUUUUCAAAAAGACAUUCUAAAUUUAGUAUAUAUUUGCGAGUGUUUAAAUUUGCCCGAGGUAGCGGCAUAUUGGCAACAGGUGAUUGAUAUGAACGAAUAUCAGAAGUCCAGAUUUUCCGCAAAGGUCAUAGAAUCUCUUUUUAACACCGUGACAGACAAGAGGAUCGCUAUGCUGGGUUUUGCCUUCAAGAAAGAUACAGGAGAUACGCGUGAAUCACCAGCAAUUCAUGUCGCCAAGACGUUGUUAGAUGAAGGCGCCGUUCUUCACAUUUAUGAUCCCAAGGUUGAGGAAACUCAGAUUAUUCAGGACUUGACUCAUCCAAGCAUAACGAGCGAUCCUAAAGAUGUAAAAAGUAGAAUCAGUAUUUAUAAAGAUGCUUACAGCGCCACGAAGAAUACUCAUGCUAUAGUUUUAUGUACCGAAUGGGAUGAAUUUAUCGAAUUAGAUUACACGCAGAUUUAUGCAGAUAUGAUGAAGCCAGCCUAUAUUUUCGACGGAAGGAAUAUUUUGAAUUUUGAUCGAUUGCAAAAGAUCGGUUUUAUUGUUCAAACUAUCGGUAAAAAACGCACAAGAUCAGGAAUUUCUAGAGCAUGGGGUAGCCAGACACAAAUUUAAAAAAAAACGGACCAAGCAAUACUUCUAAUUUAAUAAAAAAUGAUAACAAUUAUUGCAAUAAUUUUAGUUAAUCCAAAAACAUAGAUGCAUUUGUAAAACGUAGCUAUUGAAUUUCAUUAUUUUAAUUUUUAACGAAUAGAUACGUUUGUCUCCUAAUGACAUAUCGAUAUAGACUGCGCAUCGUGAUGCAAAUAAUAUUCAGUUUUACAUAUGAUGUUUAUUAUAUUUUAAAAUAUAAUCU